AGACAGCUUCAGUGACUGGCAAAUACCAGUGACUGCUCUUGACUCGAUAGUUUUACAUCAUAAUCAUCAAGAAAUUUGCGUGGACAUCAAUUUCUUUUUCUUUUUACUUUCUUUUGCUUUUUCAUCCUUUUUUUCUUUUUCUUUUUGAUGGUUUAGAUUUAACUUUGACUCUGCUAACACUCUCUAACACUGUCUAAAACUGGCCCAAGUCUAGACACAAACUCAUAUUUACUACUUUAAUCUUUAUCGGUUUUCAAAGUAUAAUCAGUUUGCAUUGGCGAAAAUGGACAGUGGACUUGUUGGUGCUGGAAAACAGCUUCUCCAUGUGGACAUCUAUAUUGAUGAACACCAACCUUCUAGAGGAAUCCUGGCUCUUUUGAGCAGACUUCGUCCCAACUGGAAGGCACAAGACAUUCAAAUGAAGACAUUUACAGAAGGCAUCACUAACCAGCUUAUUGGCUGCUACGUGGGCUCUCUCCUGGAGCCUGGUUGUGUCUUGGUGCGACUAUAUGGCAAAAUGACAGAGCUCUACGUGAACAGGGACCAUGAGGUGGAGAUGUUUCAGAUCCUCCACGCACACAGAUGUGGUCCUGAAAUUUACUGCAGCUUCCAGAAUGGCAUCUGCUACGAGUUUGUAAGAGGAACUGUGCUGGAUGAUAAACUGCUUCGGCAGCCGUCUAUCUACAGAUUGAUCGCCGCAGAGAUGGGGAAAAUCCAUUCGAUCCAGCCAAAAUCCGGUCGGCCAGUCAAACCUGUGCUGUGGACAAAAAUGUCUCAUUUCCUCAAACUAGUGCAGAGCAGUGUCAGCAGCAGUCCAGCUGGGCAGUGGUACAUAGGCAGUUCUGCAGAUCUACAAAAGGUGCCCAGCUUUAAGACUUUGUCACAGGAAAUGGAGUCACUGAAGAGACACCUCUCUGAGAUUGACUCGCCAACUGUCCUCUGCCACAACGACCUCCUGACAAAGAACAUCAUCUACAACGAAAAAGAGGGAAUGGUGAAAUUCAUUGACUACGAGUACGCCGAUUAUAACUACCAGGCCUUCGAUAUCGGCAAUCACUUCAACGAAUUUGCCGGUGUGAAUGAUGUUAACUACGACCUCUACCCGAGCUGGGAGCUGCAGAGGGACUGGCUGACGGCCUAUCUGGAGAGUUACAAGCACAGCACUGGACGUGAGGUCACAGUCAUGGAGGCAGAAGUUACGCAGCUCUACAUUCAAGUCUGCAAAUUCUCUCUUGUUUUGCUCUUGGAGGGACUCGAAUAUCUCAAUAUUAUGAGAUUAGCGUAUGCAUUUCAACAACAUCCAUAUGUGUGCAGAGCUGUGGAAUGGCGGGGUGGCAACAUCUCACCAUCAUAUUUUAACAAUUUACUUUUCCAACUCGCCCCCCCAACCCAAAGAAAACCAAACCAUCCACAGCUGACCCACCACUGUUCAAACUUUGAUGGACUCCAUCUGAGUUGAUUAGAAACUACCGCAGGGAAAAAUGAAACACAGCAGCCAAAAUUAUUUUUCUUAUGACCACAAUUUUCAUUCUUUGGUGUCUCAAGUGGUGCUGGACUAUCUGUCUAAAAGUGCUUUCAUAGCUCAACACAAUAUGCAGAAUUGUCCAACCAAUUUUGGGGUGGUGUAAAUGUCUCUUGAAAUAGCACAGAAUUGAUGAGAAGGCAUAUUACUUUUUAAAAUAACUUGUGCUUCAGCCAAAAAAACCGAAAGGGAAAUGCGUGUGUGUGUGCGUGUGUGUGUGCGUGUGUGUGUGUAUAAGGGGUAGAAUAUAGCCUGAAACUGAGUGAUAGAAGUGAUAAUAUCACGUUGAUUGAAAUCAGAUUUUCUGCAACAAACCGAGGCGGACUCUUGAAGGUAGUAGGAGAAAUUGAUCACUGACGCUUAACAAGCCAAGUUUCCAGCUCAACUCGCUUUGACAAGCUGUGUGUCAAAGCUGUGUGUGAAGCAUACGGGGCAGAAUACUGAUAUGUUUCUGCUUAAAAAUAUUUACAAAUACCUGCAUCACCAUUAAAUAAAUUGAUUACAUCUGCUUUUAAUGAAAUCAAUUAAGUACAAGUUUAUCGGUUUGUAUCUCCUUAGUAUCACUUGGUACAUUUGUGAAAUAAAAGUAUGUUAAUAUAAUACCAUGCUCCGUAGUUUAUAAUAUAGACAAAAAGUGACACUGUAGGAAUUGAGGGAAGCCAUCCUGCACUGUGUGGCAUCGAGGAGGCCUGGCCAGUUGCCAGAGCUCUGCGCCGUGGAGCUGCCUCCUUCCCAUCUUAAUCCUUGGCAAACUGUGCCAAGACGCAGUGGGGUCCUUACAAUCCGUCCUCUCCUCCGCAGGGAUCCCCCAUGAUGCUGAAGCUGUAGCCUGUGGCUUGAUGAUGUCACUCUUCCCACACAUUUAUCAUCUCCGUUUUUCUCAAUGGCUCCCUGUCACCGAUAGUCUCUGCUUAGUGUUAGAUUAAUGCUUUCUUAAUGGAGAGCAGUUAUUAAUCAUAAUGGAAACACGCUCAAUCUCCAUCUCCAACUAAGGACAGAGAUUAGAGAUGAAAAUCUGCCAGGGAGAAGGAGAAAAGCCAAGGGAAACCGCACAUUGCUCUUCAAGUAUUUCAUUCCACCCUUUAUUUGAUUAUCAAAUAAAAAUGUGAUUAUAUCACUGGGCCACAGAACAGAGGCCCUUCUGGAUCUUAUUAAGACUUGCUAUUAGUGGCCUUACCAUGAAGAUUUACAAUAAGGGUGGAGAACAACAGAAAUUUAUGGAGGUAUGGAGGUCUGCAAGACUAAGUGAGCAAAACCAUUAAGGAGGGAACCAUUCAAUACAGAGGUUUGUCAUUCUGACUAAGCAGCGCGCAACUGGCAUGCAGCGGGAGCAGCAGCAGCAGUUCUGGGAGCAGUUACAACAUGACAACCGGAGGUCACUGAAGUGUGUUUUCACAGUUGUGCGCUAUGGCAAAGGGGAAUGUUGCAAGAGCAUAAAAAUACAGCACCUGCGAUUCUGCACUGCAAACACAAUGCACAGUUUUACACUUCUCCUGGGACUGGCUGUGUGUUCUUAAUGAGCCUGUCAUUCAAAGAGAUUCCUUCGGUUCAUUGUCUCAGCGAGCACACAUUUUCCCUGCUGAAGUGUUCCUGAGCAAAGCAUAACAUUUGACCUCACUGUGGCCUCUGUGUAGGAGGCAAAGAAUUAUGCUUUUGAAACUUUGUUGUUUCAAAAGGGCGUUUGAGAAUCUCAUUGUGGUCACAUAAUGCUGUCAUGUUGUCAUUCCUUUGAUGACAGAGUCCAAUAUUGUACUGACUGUGUGAGCUUUAAUACCACAGGUAGGCAGUACAACAUAUAACUGUAUUUUGUUAAACAGCACAAUCCUUCAGUUAUUUUUACAUUUUCCAAUGAUAUUGUAAUGUUCUUCUUUUUUUCAAUAUUCAAUCUUUAUUUUUUAUAUACUAGCUCCCUGCAAAAUCAAUUUAAAUUGUACAGUUUUGUAAAACACCUGAAAAGUAGCUCCAAAUCAGCUCAGACACAAAUAUGAACCAGAGUUACGCUUUUUGAAACUUAAAUUUUAUUUUAUUUUUUUUACUUC